AUAUGGCUCACCAGUGCAUACAUGGAGGAAUCACGAAGAAAUAGUUUCACUCAGUGGUGGGUGUUCUGCAUAGGGUGUUGUGGUGGUUUUCGAGCCAGCAAGAAUAGAAUACAAUUGUGCUAAGGUCUGUUACAUUGUUGUUACGUUUUAGGAUAGACGUGGCUGUAAACCCUUCACGGGAGCGGUUUAAAAGAGACAUGUCGGUAAACUUUGAGGAGAAAAGUGGUGCUGUCCCGUGCAACACAUCUUGGGGAUCCUGGUACCAAACUAUGGAGGAGGUUUUUGUUGAAGUGAAUGUCCCCGUAGGAACGAGAGCAAAAGAAGUUAAGUGUACCCUUGGUAGUAAGCAGGCAGAACUCUGCGUCAAAGGACAGGAGGUCUUCAAGGGGAAAUUAUUUGGCACAACAGUUGAAGAUGAGGCAAUGUGGACGCUGGAGGACAAGUGCUUGAUCCGAAUCGUGCUGAUGAAGACGAAUCGGGAGGCUGGAAAUUGCUGGACGUCGCUUCUAGAAGGGCAGUAUUGCGCGGACGCGUGGGUACAGGACCAGAUGCAGCGGAAACUUACGCUGGAGCGGUUCCAGAGAGAGAAUCCUGGGUUUGACUUCAGUGGCGCAGAAAUAUCUGGGAAUUUUGCGGGUGGAGGACCAGAUUUCUCCAACCUUCAGAAGUGAGGACUGGUAAAGCUUUUGUUGCCUUUGGAAUUAUUUAAGAUGGGAGUUGAAAGCAGGAGGGAGACUCUUCGAUGGAUGGAUUCGAUUUUCUCAGUUCAGGCUGCCAUCAGAAUCAGUUCCCCAUGUGUGUUUGACCAAGUCAAGCACUUGUUUUUCUUUGUUGCAUUUGAGAUGUAUGCAGUUUUAUACAGAAUUGUAAUUAAAAUAAGUUUGACACAAUGAAA